UGGUGUUCUUUCCUGUUUUUUCCAAGUAAGAUUGCACUUUUGCUCUUUCUCUUUCUCCACUGUCUUUUCUGUCAGGCACACACUGCAGGGCUUAAAUAAACUCCCUCUCACUCAACUUCUUCUUUCUGUUCUGACUCCAGUUUGGAAUAUGUAAGUACCCACCUUUUUUAAUUUUUCUUUACCCUCAUCACUUCCUCUUCAUAACGCUCCAUUUCUCACUCCUCUCCCACACCACACCACACCACUUUCUAGUUUCAAGUUUCAGUAACUUGUGCUGUCUCAAGGCUUUUUUAGUAGCAAAGGAGAAAAAAAAAGUAUCCUACUUUCUGACACCAUCUUUAUGGCAUUAGUGUUCUAGUUAGUGCCUCAAAAUGCUUGUCUUGCAUUGGCCACACCCAAAGCCUCAAACUUUAAGCUGCCCCCAAAAACAUCAUAUCCCCAGAACAACCAAACCACUUUGAUUUUCUGUCACUUUCUUCAAUAUAGGAACCCUUUGGUUCUUUCUUUCAGGUUCUUUCCAUGAACGAAGCCCAAAUUGAAAUUACCAUUCCUCACCUGUUCAGAUGCCCCAUCAGUUUGGACUUGUUCGAAGAUCCAGUAACUUUGUCCACAGGCCAAACCUAUGACAGAUCAAGCAUAGAGAAAUGGUUCUCUGCUGGAAAUCUCACAUGCCCUGUAACAAUGCAGAAGCUUCGUGAUCCAUCCAUUGUUCCCAACCACACUCUUCGCCACUUGAUCGAUCAGUGGCUCCAAUUGGGUCCCCAGUUUGGUAACUCUGCUACUAUUGAUUAUCUAGCCGCACUCAAGCACACCCUUGAAUCUCCCCAAUUGGAAAACAAGCUCCAAGCACUUGAAAAAAUCACAGUUCUCUCUGAUGAGUAUUGCUCCUUCAGAAAAUCUUGUUUCCAUCAACUCAGUUUCUUGCCCCUACUUCUGGAACUUGUUUUUGGCACCGAGUUCGCAAACUGUCACAUGAAGUUCACGGAGCUAGCACUUUCCUGCAUUAUAAAGUUGUUACCUUUUGUGAGUUUGGAGCCUCUAAAUAUGAUCAAAGAUGAGUCUAAGUCGAGAACGUUCCUUCUACUAUUUGAAAAGGGAACAAGCUCGGUUAAGACCAGUCUUUGUCAUCUUAUAGAUUCAACAGCAUCACCACAAACAGAAGAGGUGUGUCAGAUGCUCGGACACUCUCAAAAACUAGUGCGUGAAAUUGUGGUACUUGUUCGUCAAGGUUGUGAGGUUUCUAAGGUUGCUAUUAAGGCCAUGUUAGCAUUAUGUUACUUGCAAUCUAACCGGGACAAUUUGGUGAGGGCAGGAGCAAUCGAUGGGGUCAUAAUAUACAUUUCAGGUUGUGAUUCAAGGCAGAAGAACUUGGCUCCAUUUGCGAUGGCAAUAAUAAAGAACCUUCUGGUGCUAGAGAGUGCUAAAGAGGCACUGGUGAAUCACCCUUGUGGGGUUGCAACUUUGGUGAAGAUGGUUUUCAGGGUGUGUAAUCAAGAGUGUAGUGAGAGUGCUGUUGGGAUACUUGCAAUCGUUUGCCGAGAUUUUGGGCGUGCAAGAGAUGAAGCAAUCGGUGCUGGAGUUUUGACUCAGUUGCUGUUUCUUCUCCAGAGUCAGUGUGGCCCCAAAACUAAAACAAAAGCAAGAAUGCUGCUCAAGUUGCUAAGAUCAAAGUGGAUUGAGGAACCAAAACAGGUGUAGAUUGUGAAACGUGAAUCAUAAAUGUUAAUAGUUAUAGUAAUAAUAAUAAUCAGUAUUUGAUGGCUCUGGGAGGUCUUGUUUUCUAUGUGCAGUAUUUGUACCCAUAUACUUUGUACUCUUUGAAUUUUAUCAGCAAAUUUAAAACUAAGUUUUGUCCUCAA